UUGAUAAAUAAGCCUCCUCCCGGCCAGGUAGUCUCACAUUAUCAGGAAGCAACGCGGGCUUCGUUUCAUGGACAGCAGACAUGAUUAGGAUGUAUUUGUUGCUGCUGUUGGCCCUCCAGACAUUUGCCCUGGUGGAGGGUGAAGUCCUAUCCAGACAAAAAAGGCACUGGGUCCCACCGCCAAAGGUUCUGGUAGAAAACACGGACUACUCUCAAGAACUCUACGUGGCUAAAAUCCACUCGGACUUCGAUGACGGCAAGGGGAACCUGGCGUACUCCCUGGAGGGCGUGGGUGCCAACCAAUACCCCUUCCACCUUUUCGUGGUGGACCCCAGAACGGGCUACAUUAAGGUCACCAAGAUGCUCGACAGGGAGGAAUACAGCACGUACAACCUGUCAGGCGUGGCGACCUACAUGGACGGCAGGCAGGCGGAGAGAAACAUCAACAUCCGCUUCAGGGUGGGGGACCAGAACGACAAUUCUCCCGUCUUCGGCGUUAUCCCAGCCAGCUCGGUCAACGAGCGUAGUGGUGUAGGGACGUACGUCAUGAAAAUCAACGCGACUGACGCUGACGAACCAGGAAAUCCCAACUCUCAGAUCGCCUACAGCAUCAUGUCUCAGGAGCCGAAUGACGACAUGUUCUACAUGGAGAACGAUGGCACCAUCUACGUCAAACGCACUAACUUAGACAGAGAGAAAACAGAGCAGUACACGCUUACAGUGAGGGGUCAGGACUUGAACGGCGCGCCAGGCGGGAACAGCGCCACCGCCACCGUCGCUGUUAAACUACUCGACGUCAAUGACAACCAACCCACCCUGGAAAAAAGCGUGUACGAGGGCAGCAUCGAGGAGAACACACAAGGCGUGGAGGUGAUGCGGAUCAAAGCUCAAGACCUGGACCUACAUGGGACGGACAACUGGAAAAGCAUCUUCAAGAUUGUUAAGGGCAAUGAGGCCGGGUACUUCAGCAUGAUCACCGACUCAGAGACCAACGAGGGCGUCCUCAUGCUCGACAAGGCUGUGGAUUAUGAAGACGUGAAGAACAUGGACCUGGGAAUUGCCGUGCUGAACAUGGUUCCACCUUUUGAUCCAUCCGCUACAUCCACAGCUAAUAUUGGUUUUGGUGGAGGAGGAGGUGGUGGAGGAGGCGGUGGAGGAGGAGGCGGCGGAGGAGGCGGCGGAGGAGGCGGUGGAGGAGGAGGCGGUGGAGGAGGAGGCGGUGGAGGAGGUGGAGGAGGUACCAGCUGGAUAGAAAGUUUCAGCAGUGGCAUGACAAGUACAACUGGAGGAGUCAUGUGGAACGGCAACACAUUCAAAUCCUACCCCAUCAAAAUCAAUGUCAAGAACCAGCGUGAGGGUCCACAAUUUGACCCCAAAGUCAAAGUAAUCACCAUGUCGGAGGGAGGCAGUUCCACCUUCGACAUGAACAGCAUCAUCACUCGGUAUGCCGCGCUAGAUGGCGACACGGGGAAACCAGCUGAGAACGUCAGGUAUGUUAAAGGUUUGGAUCCUGACAACUGGCUCACUAUUGACCCCGAGACCGCUGAUAUCAGACUGAACAAGAUGCCCGACAGAGAGUCCACUUUGUUAGUGAACGGCACCUACUACGCCAAAAUACUCUGUAUUUCUGAUGACGUACCAUCAGGCACCGCAACUGGGACGGUGGCCAUUCAGGUGGAGGACUUUAAUGAUCACUGUCCCACCCUGACCACUACCCUCGAGACUCUCUGCAUUCCUGACGAUGCAGUUAUCAUCAAUGCUGUCGAUGAAGAUGACUUUCCCAACGGAGCUCCUUUCACCUUUGAAAUCAUUCCGGAGGGCACUAAGGGAAAAUGGCAGGUGGAGCAUCUCAACGAUACCGCAGCCAUCGUGAGAGCACAACAGUCCACAUGGCCUGGUCUCCAUGAGGUGGAAUUAUUGGUGAAGGACGCACAAGGGGUGGCGUGCCCGGAACCGCAGAAGGUGACGGUCCAAGUAUGCACAUGUGAGGAUGGAGAGAAUUGUGGACAACGAGGUGCAAUGGGUCAGCCCAACAAGAAGUCGGAGUUAGGACCCGCAGGCAUUGGACUGCUGCUACUGGGCCUGCUGCUGCUACUCCUCAUCCCUUUACUGCUGCUCUUCUGCCAUUGCGGUGGAGCUGCAGGCCUACCAGGCAACUUUACCGAGCUGCCUUUUGACACCAAAUCCCACCUCAUGAAUUACCGCACCGAGGGCCAAGGAGAGAACACGGAAGUGCCGCUCAUAAACAUGCCGAUGCCAGUGGAUGCCGUGGACAUCCCAAAACAGGAUACGGGAUUUUACGUGGAUGAGAGGAACAUUCAUGGCUUUCAGGACGACUUCUCCAGUAUGAAGAGAGAUACCACUAUCGGAAUGAGAAAUCGCGGAAGGCUCUACUCAGAGUUCCAAAGAGAGUCAGGGGCAGCUUAUGAUGAUCUCGGUUUCCCACAACACAUCCUUUCACAGUACUACGCUCAGAAGAUGAGCAGCGGAGGAGAGGACCUGGCAGUGAAAGACGCGCUCUUGGUGUAUGACAACGAGGGCCAAGGGUCCUUGGCCGGCUCGGUGGGCUGCUGCAGCCUCCUGGAGAACGACAACGACUUGCAGUUCCUCGAUGACCUCAACUUCAAGUUCAAGACCCUGGCGGAGGUGUGCGGUGGCAAGAAGAUCCAACCAGAUGUCACUCCACCACCCCCAAAGGUUGAACCAAAGCUGGAACUCCCCAAGCUGCCACCGGUUGUCCCCAGGGUAGACAAGACCGUGACUCAGGUGGUGAAGGAAAACACAACUACACAAAACCAAGGCAGGACCACAGUGAUCGAAAGGAUGGAAAACCCAGGUCAGAUGUUCCUGCUACAACAGCAGCAGCCAGUCUACUAUACCGCCGCGGCCCCUAUGGUGCAGCCUAUGCAGUAUGUCGUGCAGCCACAAGUCCAAAACACCAUGCUGCUGGCUGAGGCACCAACUAACAACCUCCAGGGCGUGAUGUUGGCUGCUCCUCAAGGCAUGCUGGUGCAAGGACAAACUGUGGUGUCUGGCGGGCAAGCCCCUGGCAUGAUGUUGGUUACAGGUACCCCUGGAUCAUCUACACAAGGCAUGAUAGUCCAAGGAAAGACUGUUAUUUCUGGCGGACAAGCCCAGGGCCCUGGCCUGGUGUUGGUUAGUGGUAACCCAGGGUCACCGACACACGGCAUGGUAGUCCAAGGAAAGAAGGUUUUGUCCGGGAAACAAUUCCAGGGGCCUGGCAUGACGCUGGUAACUGGCAUGCAAGCAGGAACCUUACCAAGUAUGACAUUUCAGGGAACAUCUACGCAUCUACCCAAGGGUCAAGUUCAAGCCCCUGACAACCUAAUCAACGCCGGGACCAUCUCAAGCUCCCAAACCGUAAUAGAGGGCAAGGUUCCUGUGGGGAGAGUGGUAAGGACCAGCCAAACUUCCACCAGAAAAGGCGGCGUCCAAUUGCCAGACCUUGGCAUGAGCAACAUCGCUGGAACUCAGGGCAUCACCAUGACAUCAUCCAGCACUGGCGUGAGCAGAGUCCCGACAUACCGCAAAGUGGUGGUGCAGGAAGAAAAGCUCACUGAACUGUAACACAGGGCAAAUGACUCUGAAAAGCAAUUUCUCUCAAGGCGGUUCUUCAAGUAUUUUGUUACCGUGCAGGUUUUAUUGGUGGUGGAUGUUCUGCCGCAGCCUUGCCUUGUAGCGAAGCUAUACGGCUCCUACCCGUUGUAUACUUUAUGCUCUUUCUCGACCAACCUCAGUAGCCUGUGGAGACCCUACCAGACACUUCAUGGAGAUUCCGUGUCAGUUUGCCUACUGGCGACCAAUCUUGGUUAUGGAUGUGCUGUGUGUGUUUAUAUGUAUGGAUUCUAGAGCUACUUUUGGAUGUGCAUUGCACCAGGGUGGGAUCAUUGAAUGUUUUUCAUGUGUCAGGAGAGGGUUUUGGAUUGACUUUGUUUUAACAGCAAUUUUUUUUGGAUUGAUUUGAAGAUGUUUUUCCACAUCAAAAUAAAAAGAAAAGGCGGCGAGAUUCAAA